AUGAGGAAUGUUGUGGUGUUCCAGAAUCACACUUUCAACUCUGAAUUAGUAAUGCAACAGGCUAUUUGCAGGGCUCAUGAAUAUAUAACCACCACUACUGUUCCUCAACACCAUAGCUUAACUACCCAGUACUUUGGUUGGGAAUUUCCUUCCACGAGAUUUUGUAAACUUAAUAUUGAUGGUGCUUCUGAUGAGUCUCAUAAUACAGGUACUGAAGGAGUUAUUAUAAAUGACGACGGAUCCUUUGUUGCGGCCUUCUCCAAACAUAUCUACAAAAAUGGAACUAACAUGGCAGAGCUUCGUGCACUAAAAUUUGGUUUGGAACUGGCAACACAGCUACAAAUACCUUAUCUUGAAGUAGUUCGUGACUCUACUUAUAUCACAGGGCUAGUCAAUGGUUUUUAUGCUAUUCCUUGGUUUUUUGUUAACCUUCCUAAGGAUAUACAUAAGUUAUGUAACUGUUUCCAGGCAAUCUCCUUCAGACAUAGAUACAGGGAAGGUAAUUUUGUUGCCGAUAAACUUGCAAAACUUGUUGUAACUGUUGGUACUGACCAAACUUGGAUUGCAGACCCCCCUUAUUUUUGGGAAAUCUUUUGUAUGAAGAUCUAG